UGGUGCACAUAUUCGUGGAAGAUUUGUAAUAUUAAAAGUCCUUUACUCAGAAUAUACGAACGAGAUGUCUAUUCGAUGUCUUAGGUUAGUUUGUUUGCUGUCAGUGCGCUUGUCAUACACAAUGCGCGCUCUGUAUUUUGCAUGCUCUGUUGUUGACGUGUAUUUGUCAAUUUGAUGUUUAACUCGAGAGGCUAAUAAAUAAAACAGGGGAUUGGAAAAUAUAAUGUCCUGGUAUGUCCUUCCCCUUGCAUAUUUUCUUCUAUAUACUGUUGACAGUAAAAUUUUGGGUGAAGACAGGGAAGAGAGGCAGAAGGAGAAAGUGCAUAGCACUUUCAGUAUGAGUGGGAGACCCAUAACGUUGAUUUAAAUAUUAUCCAGGUGACCACAGUAAGUCAAGGUCAUAAAAUUGUAAUGUCAUGACGGUCCUGGAAAGCGCUGGGGGUGGAUUUUAUGAUCUGCAAAUAUAAUGUGCUGCUGCAGUAAAGAUGCAUUAAAAGGUGAGUGGAGGAGGGCUAAUUCACAUACUCGGGACUGCAAUGUGCUGGCCUCACUGACGCGCUCUGCAGUCUGCCUGGCUGUUUUGGAACCAGGAACCUUUCAUUAUGGAGUAAUAAGACGCUACGAUAUGAUGGACUGAACACGGAAGAAUUAAAGAGCUACAGCCGCGGCGAAUGAAUGAGAGAAUCCUAUGAGCGACGUUAAUCAGACCAUGUGCAGAACGCUCAAGGAAAAUCACUCGAAAUGGCAAAACAGUCGAAGAAUGCGGAUGAAAACGGAAUCACCGUUUGGCUGCUUACAUGCAGUUUACAACUCAAACACCGAGUGCGCAAGGCUAUUGGAGGAGGCCACCACGUGACUACAUUGUUUACUCUUGUUGGCAAACAAUUAAAGACGCGAGAGAACAGUUCUACGUGGAAACGACAUGCUGAAGAAAGUUCAUCAGAAAAUGAUAAAGGCAACGUGUGGAACUUUCAAAACCUCUCGAAUGUCCAACAUCCCUAUUCAUUCUCUGAUGAUGGCAACCACUCUUUGGACCCUGCGAAUGCAUUGGAAAGAGAAAAGGCAUGUGAGCUGUCAACUUCCUGCUUAUCAACCAUGAAGUACCCUUGGAUGAGAGAGACACAUGCACCCACGCACUUCAGCUCCAUUAACGCCAUGGAAUCAGGUGAUUCUAAAUACAGCAAUGGUGAAGCAGUUGUACGGAAUAGCAGCAGUAAACGGGCUCGUGUGGCGUUCACCUCCUCUCAGCUGCUGGAGUUAGAGAAGGAGUUUCACUUCAGCGCUUACCUGUGCCGCAACCGGAGACUUGAAAUGGCUGAGCUGCUGAAGCUCACCGACCGGCAGAUUAAAAUCUGGUUCCAAAACCGUCGCAUGAAGUAUAAGAAGGACCACAAGGAAAAGUCAACGGCAAAGUCCUCUUACACCUACCUGGGAACAGAAAACCAGCCAUUAAUAAUUAGCAGAAGCACAACAGAUUCUCCAGUGCCAUUGAAAUUCCAGAAUAACUAUGAAACACCAUCAAUGAACUGGUGAAAUUACAGAAAAACUGAAAACUGGUGACUUUUGCUUUUAGAACUUAUAUAAUGAUAGUAAUCUGCAUCAACCAUAAAGACUGAAAAUGAAUGAAUGAAUGAAUGAAUGAAUGUGUGAAUGAAUGAAAUUUCUACAAAACAUGUACAUGAUCUGUCACUGUUCAGCUAUUUCUCCAUUUGUAACUCUCUCUGACAUGAUUUAUAUUUAAAAACAUUGAUGAUUAAUUGCCUCUGGAUGAUGAUUUAUGUGCAAAGUUAACUUGGAAGAGUUCAAUAGGCAAGCUCGCUCUGAACCAGAUUACAUGAUAUCAGCUAGUACAUUUCAGAGUUAGUCUCUAUUGUGCAUAAACUGCUGUAGUAAUAUCUUUGCAAAGCACCAAGAUUUAUUGCAACCCUACUUGUGCAAGUUUAUCUCUUGGGCACAGAAAAUACAAUUUUAAAAGGGCAUUCAAGACUUUGAAUGGUCAUUAACAUCCUCUCAACUUUUUAAGUGCACAACAUAUUUUUUAUUACUCUCAAAAUGAUAUGCUACUUUUCCCAAGGCAUGAGCUAAAAUGUACAACUUGCAGCGUUGUUCAUUAUGAUGGUCACAAUUGUUCCAUGUUAAAGCCUAUUGACCUGCUCUACUAUUAACAAUGAAUUUGAAUGACUUUUUUUCUGCUUUACACUGAAAGUAGGUGCGUUUAAGUCUGAAUUUACAGCAUAUCUACUGACAAAAUGAAUGAAAGAGCAAAGCAGGAUUUUCACAAUGCUAUAUCAAUGCAUUUAUAGUGUAAUUACUUUACCCAUUCAUGUACACAAAAGUGUCAACAUGGCAGCUGCAAUGUAAAAUAUGUGCAUAUUUGUAAUUUAUACCAUUUCAAUUAUAACCUGUCCAUAUUUGACAAAAAAACAUGCAUUUUGAAAAUAAUAAGUGGUUGUUUUUUAAACUGAUUUAUUCCCUCUGGAUAGUCAAUAAAUAAUCAUUGUAAUUCAUG